CACCAAACAAGCUUCCCAGACAACCAGCGACAACUGCGCUGAUAAACAAAUGCACACAUUCGGUUGGGAGAAGGGUUGAGUUUUAUGUGUUGAGUCAACUAUAAGGAGAAAGACAUGACUGAGUUAAGGAUGAGAGGAAGGGGAGCGGAUCCCGACAGCGUUAGUGAAGACAAGGAGGCAGCUGGAGAAGACAGACUGGGUCUGCCUGGUGAGGCUGGAGGAGAGGGAGAUGGAGAGGACAGACUGGGUCUGCUUGGUGAGGCUGGAGGAGAUGGAGAUGGAGAGGACAGACUGGGUCUGCUUGGUGAGGCUGGAGGAGAUGGAGAGGACAGACUGGGUCUGCUUGGUGAGGCUGGAGGAGAGGGAGAUGGAGACAAUGAGCCUAAAGCAGGCACACCAGACGUUCCUCCCUCCACAGUAGACAACACUCCACAGUUCCUCAACAGGGCUGUGGAGGGCCUCAACCCCAGAUGGAAGAACUGGUGGAUCCGAGGGGUUCUGUCUCUGGCCAUGAUUUCAGGAUUCUUUAUGGUGAUCUACCUGGGACCCGUCAUGCUCAUAGUAGUGGUGAUGACCAUCCAGAUCAAGUGUUUUCAGGAGAUCAUAGAUAUCGGCUACAGAGUCUACCAUUCCUACGAGUUGCCUUGGUUCAGGACACUCAGCUGGUACUUCCUGAUUUGUGUGAAUUAUUUCUUCUAUGGUGAGACAUUGGCGGAGUAUUUUGGUGCGUUGGUUCAGAGAGAGGAUUCACUCCAGUUCCUGGUCCGAUACCAUCGCUUCAUCUCCUUCACUCUCUACCUGGCAGGUUUCUGCAUGUUUGUUCUGAGUCUAGUGAAGAAACAAUACCGUCUGCAGUUUUAUAUGUUUGCGUGGACCCAUGUAACCCUCCUGAUCGUGGUGACACAGUCUCACUUAGUCAUUCAGAACCUGUUUGAAGGAAUGAUCUGGUUCAUCGUCCCCAUCUCCAUAGUGAUAUGCAAUGACAUAAUGGCCUACCUGUUUGGUUUCUUCUUUGGCAGAACGCCACUCAUUAAGCUGUCUCCUAAGAAGACGUGGGAGGGGUUUAUAGGAGGCUUCUUUGGGACCCUGGUCUGUGGCUUCAUCCUGGCCUACCUGCUAGCUCAGUUCCAGUACUUUGUAUGUCCUGUGGAGUACAACGACCGUUUCACCGCGGACUGUGAACCCUCGGACAUCUUUGUGAUGCAACAGUACACAUUUCCCUUCGUUGUCCAGAACAUCCUCAAAUGGAAAACGGUGAACCUGUACCCGUAUCAGAUCCACAGUGUGGUGCUCUCCACCUUCGCCUCUCUGAUUGGUCCCUUUGGAGGAUUCUUCGCCAGCGGCUUCAAACGAGCGUUCCAGAUCAAAGACUUUGCAGACACCAUCCCUGGUCACGGGGGCAUCAUGGAUCGCUUCGACUGUCAGUAUCUGAUGGCUACCUUCACUCACGUUUACAUAGCCAGCUUUAUCAGAGGUCCCAACCCCAGCAAGGUGUUACAGCAGCUGUUGGUCCUGCAGCCAGAGCAGCAGCUCAGUAUCUUUAACACCAUGAGAGACCGUCUGAGUGACAGGGGAAUACUGCCCCCUGCUGCCAUGUAGUACACACACACACACACACACACAGAGAGAGCGUGUGUCCGAGAGAAAAUGUCUUUGGCUGCUGGCGUGUUACUAGAUUUACACAUCUAUUUUUUCUGGAUCUAUGUCAAGUAAUGCGAGGGGGGAAAUGGCACAGCAGCCAUUUUGGGAGGGGGUGUGGAUGACCACACACCAUAGCAAUCGUCUUUUUUGGGUGAUUUCUACCUUCUUCCAGAAACUCUUCUGCUCAGCGACUUUUUUUGUUUUUCUUGUUCUUUUAACCAGUCCUCAUUGUGAGCAACAAGGAGUUACCUUUUACAAAUAACAACAAUACUUUCGGGACUUCACAUGUACCACUGGGACCUGCACGAGCACCUACACCAAAAAACUACAGUAAGCCAAUGUAACGCUACCAUGCUAACUAGCAUUAGCAACAUUUUAAAGACUUAAGGCUACGUUGCUCUGAAGAAACAAAGUUGUUCCUAGUUAAGAACGCAUAUGGUUUGUUUCAUAACGUACUGUAGGGGACAGUGACUGGCGGUCUCCCUGUGGAUGGAUGGAGAUUAUUACAGUGAUUUUAGCCGAACUGCAGGGGCACAUCUUACAGAACCAGGAUACCAGCUUGUCCUGGGUUGGUGUUGGCUUGGAGCAACAGCAGGGUCUUAUUCACUAGACACCAAACCGAAGAAAACGGACCGAAACAGGGAGGGUACUGACCUGAAUUUGUCCAAUAAGAAACGUCUGUUUUUCCGUUGCAUAACGUUUUUCUACAGUGUGCAGUAAUGAACGUUUUUAGACGCUGCCCCAACAUGUUGAAGAUACUAAACACACUUGACUUGGGCACGGUGUUUAUUUAAUAAUAGUAUGUAUCUGUCUAUAUCAGAGAUGGUCUUCACAACAUAUACGAUCUAAAACAUUUAAGCAUGUUCCUAAGUCCUGUCGUUCAUUACAGCUGAAAUAAGCUGUUUUUCUUCUGAACUAGUUUUAGUUUGAAGUUUUACCUACUGUUAGGUAUUGUAACUUGACCUCACGCUAUAGAUACAGUACCAGUCAAAAGU